UGCAAUUCCCAAGCCGAAGGCAAUAGCGAAGCCCAUCCCUUCUCUCACCCCUCUUGUCUCUCGAUCUCUCCGCCCUUCGAUCCAUCUCGUUUAUAAAACCAAACAGAUUCUUAUAUUUAUUUUUGGAUCAAUUUUUUUCGAACACCAGUUACUUUGUUUUGUUUGACGAGAAGAUGGGCGCGGGAGAGCUCCUCAGCAUCGAACCUCUUGAGCUCAAAUUUCCCUUUGAAUUGAAGAAGCAGAUCUCUUGUUCUCUUCAACUCUCCAAUAAAAGUGAUAAUUAUGUCGCUUUCAAGGUCAAAACAACAAAUCCCAAGAAGUACUGUGUCCGACCAAAUGCUGGGGUUGUGUUGCCUCGCUCCAACUGUGAUGUUAUUGUUACGAUGCAAGCACAAAAGGAAGCUCCUACUGACAUGCAAUGCAAGGACAAGUUCUUGCUUCAAAGUGUAAAAACAAAUGACGGUGUCACUGCAAAGGAUAUCAAUGCAGAAAUGUUCAGUAAGGAGGCAGGGCAUCAUGUCGAGGAGUGCAAAUUGAGAGUGCUUUAUGUUUCUCCCCCACAACCACCCUCUCCUGUUCAAGAAGGGUCUGAGGAAGGGUCAUCCCCCAGGGGUUCUGUGUCGGACAAUGGGAAUGUUACUGGCACUGAUUUAUCUGCUGCAACAAGGGCAUUUGUUGAGCGGCUUGAACCUCAAGAAAAAUCUUUGGAGGCAAGAGCCCUUAUUUCAAAGCUGACUGAUGAGAAGAAUAAUGCGAUUCAACAAAAUAACAAGCUGCGUCAAGAAUUGGAACUCCUGAGACACCAAGGCAACAAAAACCGUGGUGGUGUAUCGAUAAUGUUCGUCAUCUUUGUUGGCUUGCUUGGCAUAUUUUUGGGGUAUCUCAUGAAGAAGACUUGAGCAGUUGCCCUCUAUGUCUUCGGCCAGCAGCUUCUUCAUCUUUCCUUUCCUCACCAGUCAAAGAAUGAUGAUGAAAGGAAAAGAAACUAAUGAACAGAACUUGGUGGAUUUCUUAGAUUUCUGCAACUAGCAAAAUUGUUUAGGUCAGGUGAUAUGUUGCAUGUAGCCGCCAUGCGGUGUGACCUGUGCUUGUAUUGACACCAUGAAGAUUCUUUUUGUAACCUAAGGUGGAUGAUUAUGCGCCCCCCUCUCCCCUCUUCAAUUUGAGUGAUUCUGGUAAUGGGAUGCUAAGAACUAUUCAUAAUCUACACAAUUUCGUUGUGCUGGAAAAAACAGUGAGA